AUGGAUCACUCGAUAGCACCUGUGGCGACUCUUACUGGGCUCUCAGACCAGUCUAGGGCAUGCCUUGAACGACUGCAAUCUCACCAACCAGAACAGGUUGAUCUAACAACCUAUCCGGCAUCCAAACUAGCGUCAGUGCUGAUCCUUCUUUACGACAAGGCAGGCGAGCUGCGAGUUCUGUUGACUACACGGUCAAAGUCUCUCCGAUCUCACCCUGGUCAGACUGCUCUCCCCGGUGGCAAAGUUGACGAGACAGAUCGUGAUGCCAUACAUACUGCGUAUCGAGAAGCGAAUGAGGAAGUCAGACUGCCUCUUGAAUCGCCACACGUACAUACAGUAUGCACGCUCAGGCCGUUCCUCUCUCCAUAUAGGCUACUGGUCACACCGGUAGUGGCGUAUCUGGACGAUGCAUCAUUGCUAGAUGAGCUUCAAGCGUCUGACGAGGAGGUUGAGCAUAUCUUUGAUCACCCUCUCGAAGGACUCCUCGACCCCACCAUCUCGAGGAAGGAAUCUCUUGUGCCAAUAGGCGGCGAGCACUGGCCAUAUGAAACUGAACUUCACAACACAUCCGACAAUCAUUUUGCGCUCCUCGGCGACAGCUUAUAUCGCAUGCAUCGAUUUAGGACCACAGCGUCCCCGAUUAAAGGGUUGACAUCGGAUAUUCUGAUCUUCACUGCUGAGAUUGCAUAUGAACGAGAGCCUGCUUACGAGCGUUGGGCCCCUGGCCAAUUAUCUGGACUUGCAUCUGUUCGUCUCGUCCUUGAAAAUGAUGGCAAGAGCGUCAUAGGAUAUCAAACCUCUCAAGUUUCUAUGCCGGAUGGAGCGAGGACUUGA